CUUCCGGGUGGGGCCCCAGGCGGAGGAGAUGGCGCCGUGGGCGCUCCUCAGCCCUGGGGUCCUGGUGCGGACCGGGCACACUGUGCUGACCUGGGGGAUCACGCUGGUGCUCUUCCUGCACGAUACCGCGCUGCGGCAGUGGGAAGAGCAGGGGGAGCUGCUCCUGCCCCUUACCUUCCUGCUCCUCGUGCUGGCCUCCCUGCUGCUCUACCUGGCCGUGUCGCUCAUGGACCCGGGCUAUGUGAAUGUCCAGCCCCAGCCCCAGGAGGAGGUCAAGGAGGAGCAGACGGCCAUGGUUCCUCAAGCCAUCCCCCUUCGGCACUGCAGACACUGCCUGGUGCUGCAGCCCCUGCGGGCCCGGCACUGUCGUGACUGUCGCCGCUGCGUGCGUCGCUUCGACCACCACUGCCCCUGGAUGGAGAACUGCGUGGGGGAGCGCAACCACCCGCUCUUCGUGGCCUACCUGGCGCUGCAGCUGGUGGUGCUUCUGUGGGGCCUGUACCUGGCAUGGUGGGUGCCACUGCCACCGGGGCCCGGGGGGGACUGCAGCAUGCGCCUGCAAGGCGGAGAGCGCCAGGACCCCCUCUUGGCGGCCUCGGACCCUCUCCCAAAUGGCCUGCCCCCCCCCAGGGCUCCCUGGGGCACCCCUGCCGUCCCCCCGCCUAGCUCCCCAUCUCUGUCCUGCCCUGCAGGUCUGGCCUCCAUUUCUCCCAGCCUUGGGGGCUAUGGCUGCGGUCCAGCGGGCUGCUCUUUGCCACCUUCCUGCUGCUCUCCCUCUUCUCUUUGGCGGCCAGCCUGCUCCUCGCCUCACACCUCUACCUGGUGGCCAGCAACACCACCACCUGGGAGUUCAUCUCCUCGCACCGCAUUGCCUACCUCCGCCAGCGCCCCAGCAACCCCUUCGACCGCGGCCUGACCCGCAACCUGACCCACUUCUUCUGCGGAUGGCCCUCAGGGUCCUGGGAGACCCUCUGGGCCGAGGGAGAGGACGAGGAGGAGGAGGGCAGGAGCCAAGCUGUUUAGGGUCGCUGGAGGCAAGGCCGCCAUCUUGUGCCUGAAAACCAGAGAGGAUGCGCCCCGCUGGGGUCGGCCCUCAGAGGGCCUGAGGUUCUUCGCUCCUGCCCAUUCCUCCCAGGCCUCAGAGCAGAGCUGAAUGACAGGACCCCUGCCUCAGUGGGCAGUUCUGCCCUCCAAAGGAAGAAGGGGAGGUAGAGGACCUGUGUGGGGGCUCGGGCACCAGCGACCUGGGCUUUGGAGCCCUCCACCCCGCCUCCGACGCCAGGAUGCCUCCAGAGGGCACAGUUUUAUAAGUUUAAUAAUCCAUAAAGCAAGUCAAGUAUUAAAAAACCA